AUGACGAUACAGCAUUUAACUCUCGCUUCUCCUUUCCAUAAGCUACAUGGACUGCUACAUAGCAUUUACUUGCUUCAACUAGACAAUGAUGUUGUCAUUGAUGUUGCCCACAGUGAUGCUGGUGGACAUGUGCUUCAUGGUACUGCUGCAACAUGCUGCAGGCAUGUUGCUGGCUGUGGGGAGAAUUUAUUCAUGUCCACUGCUCCCAAAUCAUGGUCAAAUGUAAUACAGUCUUUUUAUGAUGAAGGUGAAGGUUCUAAAUAUGGAUUGGGAGGUAUUCAACCAAAUGUGAAGUUUGGCCAGUACACUCAGCUUGUUUGGGCCACUCCCUGUGAAAUUGGUUGUGCAGUAGACUCUUGUCCUCCUGCUGCCUUCCGGUAUAUCUAUGUCUGCCAUUGUUGCCCUGGGGGAAACAAUGUGGGAACCAUGAUGACUCCAUAUAAAGCCAGAAAACCAUGUGGAGACUGCCCUGAUCAUUGUGAUAAUGGGCUUUGCACUAAUCCCUGCAUGUAUGCGAAUAAAUACACCAAUUGUGCUGACCUGGUCGAAAACCUAGGAUGUGAUGCUCACAUGACAAAAGGAAACUGCCAAGCCACUUGUAAAUGCGCUUCAAAAAUAAAAUAAAACAUUCUUUAAUGGUGAUGCUUCUUCUCAAGGUCAAAUGUGCACAAUUUAAGGAUAUUUUUAAAAAUAACUGAGAGUAAACUAUAAAUGUCUUACCACAAAAAAUAAGUGAGGUGAAGGUUAUGUUAAUCAGUUUUGAUUAAAGCAUUCC